AUGCCGUGUCCUCACACCCAUGACCCCGGGCUGAGCCGGCUGUCCCCCGUGUGGAGCUGCGGCCGCUUCAGAGAGCCGAUGUCGCAGGAGCGCGGCGGGCGGGAGCGGCCGGAGGUGAGCGGCGGGAGACGCACGGGGGCACGGCGGGCUCCCGGGGCAGCCCGGAGAGGAGAGAAACUGCGGGGAGUUUAUUUCUGCAGGCGAGAGGGCGAGUCGGGCCUCCUGGCGGGGCGUCCAACCCCGCCGGCCCCGGGGCUGGGGCUCUCCGGGGGGAUUUUCAGGCAGCUCCUGCCCGGCAGCGCCGUGACCCGGACUUUCCCGCGGCUCCCGGCGGCUGACGAGAGGCGGCGGUCCCGGGGGGCGGGCGCGGCGGGGGAGAGGUGCGGGACGCGGCCGGGUGGUCCCGGGCUCCCGGUGCGGCCAUGUGACGGCCAUGUGGGUGGCGGCUCCGCCCCGGGCCGCCCGGCACCUGGCGGCGGCACCCCCGGCCCGGGGAGGCGCGUCCCCGCCGGGGCCCGCCCUGCCCUCGCACUCCCUCCGCUCCGCUCGGCUCCCGAGCAGUCGCAGCCCCCGCGGGCCGGGGGAGCCCUGCGGGCGGCUCGGCGGCCCGGGAUGUCGUGCGCCGGGCCGGCGGCGGGGGCCAGCGCGCUGCCCCGGGGCGCGGCGGCCGAGGGCGCCCAGCAGAGUCAUGAAGAAGACGACAGAAAAGUAAGGAGGAGAGAAAAAAAUCGAGUUGCUGCACAGAGGAGCCGGAAGAAGCAAACUCAGAAAGCAGAUAAACUUCACGAGGAAUAUGAGUCUCUUGAGCAAGAAAAUACCUCCCUGAAAAGAGAAAUUGGAAAGCUAACAGAUGAAAUGAAACACUUGAGUGAAGUGUUGAAGGAUCAUGAAAAGAUCUGUCCACUAUUGCACUGCACCAUGAACUUUGUGACCAUACCAAGGCCUGAUGCACUUGCCAGCUGCCUACCAAGAUGAGUGCUCUCCUCAAUCACCUCUAAAUGUGAUGUGUGAAAGUGCCAUUAACAGGAGGUUUGAAGAACUGCUUAGUGUGCAGUUCUUCCAUUGAAGAGGGCUGGAUUCGACCACGCAGCUCUUCUCCAUGCUGAAAUGUUACAGUCUUCUGAAUCUCAGGAAAACACCAGGACAGAAAAAAAGACAAUCUGAAAAGCAGCUUCUAACUUGGUAGACUCUUCAAGCCAUGGUUUUACCUUUAGAAAUGUCAAAGUGCUGUGCAGCCCACUAGGGAGCGAUGGAAUGUAGACAGGGAAAAGUACUGACCUCAGACUGGGAUGCCUUUCUCCCACACAUCCACUGCCAGUAACCCUUUGUCACUUGUCACCUAUGUAUGUCAUGAUCUGUCAUGAUCUGGCUGCUGGGUUUUCUCUCUCUAAACAGGUUUGGUUAAUAAAAGCGAUGUCUCAUCUUUAUAAUGUUCUCUACCUUCUUCAAUAAUUGAUGUCUUUACAGCAUCUCUGCUUUUCAUUUGCUGGUCAAUGCCGAAGUCUAAUGCUAAUCUUGCUGUUAAUUGUUCUAUUAUUUACUUAUAGCCUCUUCAUUGGUUCCUCUUCUGAAGUGUGUGUAACAAAAGAGUUUUCUUAGUCUUUAAUAUUCCAAGUCAUCAGCCCUGCUGGCAUUAGUCCUCAGAGUGUUUUAUGUCCUAAAAUACGGCUUGGCCAGCUUCUGAUGAUGAUUGUCUGCUCUGUGUGGAAGAAAAGCAAACAGAGUUAGAUGGUUUUAAACAUUGCUUGAAAAAGCAGAUUUUAAAGUUUACCUUUUUAAUGCACCCACUGGAAAUGAACAAAUAUAUUCAUCCUUCCUUUAUCUUGCUUAUUGCCUCUGGAAGAUUAUGUCUGUGGAUUGAGUUUUGCUAAACAUUUUGUCCUAUGUCCACACUGAAGGCAUUUGAUCAUUGUAUGAAAGAAAAACAUUCUGUUUUCUUUUAACUUUUUCUUUUUAGUUACAAAAAGGAAGUAUGAUUGAAAUGUUACUGAGAAACACACAGAAAAUUGUGUUUACUCUCUCUGAAAAUUCCUAGUAGUGUCAACCUCUAGAAAUGUGGUUGCUGUAGCUUGGGAUCCAGCAAAGAGUCUUUUUCUCACAGUAUUUCCCAGUCAAAGAGCACCUUUGGAUAAUAAAAAUCUCCUCCCCAUUGCCAACUCUCUCACUUCAGCAUUUGGAUUUUUUUCAGUUAAACUCAUGGGAUUGAUUUCUCCACUCACCAGGAUCACAGUAUUUAUCAGCAGAAUAUGAUCUGAAAUGUCCGAGUUUUAAUUAUUUUUAACCUUUUUUUCUUUCUAGUUUCUUUAGUAGAAUGGUGCAUUUCUGGUCACUGCCAAGACAGAAUUUGGGAAGCCAUGUAGUCAGCUCUGCCUUCUAAAGGGCCCUCUUGUACUGUUGUCUUCGGCUAGAAACUCCAGAUGAGCUGUUGGUUUCUUCAAAUUAUUUGUCAGGUUGUUCCCAAGAGAAUUUCCAGGAAGUGCAUCUGCAGCCUAAAUGCUGUCUUCAGAGUUCCUAAUGGCCCCAUAAGAACUGAGUCAUCCCACAGACAAUCUGCUGCAGUCCUUGCCUAGGAAAACAGAAGUCUCAGCACAGUUCAAGAUACACAUUUUGGAUAAUGUCCUUGAAAGCCUUCUGUGUGCCACCCUUAAGAAAGGUAGCUAUCUUAUGAAUAUUCAUCCACACACCCACAUUCCCUCAGGCACUGGAGGCCACUGUGUAAUUUGGACAGAGUAGGGAUGUAAUGAAGAAGGAGUAGCAUGGUGGAAAUGAACAACGUUCACUCUGGGAAAAUCCAUCAUAAUUUAGGAAGAAGGGAAAGAGGAAAUGUUUCCUGUCUCUUAACUAGGUAUGUGCAGCUGACUGGAAAGUAUCUAAUUGAGGUCAGGACUGUACAAAGCUGGUCUCACAUAUGGAGCCUUGUGGACCCUCAAAAAUGGGAGGAAAGAUGAAGUGGUCCAAGACAGGCCAUGCCAGCAGAAUCCUAAAGAUUUUUGUUCCACAGAUGCUGUCUUCUAGAAAUCUAGUUCCCUGUGUAAAAUCCUCCUCCUUACAUAUUUAUUCUUCUAAACAUCUGUCUAGAAACUGACUCCAGCUUAUCACUUGGUGUCAUAUGCAAGUUCUGUGAUACACUCCCCAUCCGUAAGCGCUGCUCUUGUUCUGCAGUAAAAGUUUUA